UACCAGACAAGACCAUUACUGCAGGCCAGGGCCUUUAUCUGUCAUCUUCCUGUAUUUCAUCAUGAUAAACCCAUCAUCUGGACCAGGAGGUGUGUGUAGGUUGCUGAACUCUUUGCUUCAUGGGCUGGAGUCUCAUAUGGACACCUCAGAGGACAGCACUUUUCUUCAGGGCAUGCUCAGGGGCAAUACUCUGCAUCUGCUUAUUAAGGUCUAUGACAGACUGCAGAAGUACAGAGCCCAGCGGCCUGCUCCACUGUUGGAAAGCACACAGGGCCUGGCUCAGGACUUGGCAGAAGAGCUGCGCUGUGUAGUCGCCAGCCCAGAGACAAUAGAGUUGUUAUACCUGCUCUAUAAACCUCAUGUACAGGCUCUUCUCUCAGUGCAUGACAUGGUGUCUCAGAAAGAGUAUGACCCUCGGUUGCCUCCUCUACCCCCACUGCCCGAUUACAUCGAGAAAGAGGAAGAUUCAAUCAAGAUUGUUUGCUUGGUUAAAAACCAGGAGCCACUGGGAGCCACCAUCAAGAGAGAUGAGUCUACUGGAGCUAUAGUGGUGGCUCGGGUCAUGAGAGGAGGAGCUGCUGAUAGAAGUGGUCUAAUUCAUGAAGGGGACAAGCUCAAGGAAGUCAAUGGAGUUCCAAUGGAGGACAAGAACCCAAAGGAGAUCCUUCCCAUAUUAGCCAAGUCAGAAGGAGCAGUGACCUUCAAAGUCAUCCCUGGCACCAAAGAAGAGCCAAAGACCAUAGAUAACAAGAUCUUUGUAAGGGCACUUUUCAACUAUAAUCCCCUAGCAGAUCCUGCUAUUCCAUGCAAAGACGCCGGGUUGGAAUUCUGGAGAGGAGAUGUGUUACAGAUUGUAAGCCAAGAAGAUGACACCUGGUGGCAGGCCAGACGGCACGGUGACGCCAACCUCAGGGCUGGAUUGAUUCCCUCAAGACAGCUUCAGGAAAGGAGAGUGACUUUACAAAGGCCUGCAGUUCUGUUCCACCCACUGAGAGACAUUCAGCCCACGGAGGAUAUGGAAGGAUCUGCUUUCACUCAAUAACCAGAGGAUGUGGACUAUGGAGCAAUAAGUGGCAUACAUAUAGCUGGUUUGAGGAAAAGUUUCCGGUUGAGCCGGAAGAACAGCACAAGUCAACAUGUGAGACAGAAGAUGGGCAAAGGAAAUGCCGGUAUCCAUUUACCAAUAUAUCAGGAGGUCCUGUCUUACAAGAGAAAGCCUGGUGAGCCUUACCGCCUUGUGCUCCUAACUGGGCCUAGCGGGGUUGGUGUGACCGAGUUAAAGAGAAGACUUCUACUCUCUGACCCAGAACACUUCAGUGUAUCUGUGCCAUAUACCACUCGGGAGCGGAAAAAGCAUGAGAAAGAAGGGGUGGAGUACCACUUUGUCUCCAAACACACUUUUGAAAAAGAUAUCCUCAACCACAAAUUUCUGGAAUAUGGUAAAUAUAAAGGGAACUACUAUGGUAUGAGUCUGGAUUCAGUGCGCAGGGUUGUAGCGGAGAGCAAGGUGUGCCUACUGGAUGUGAAGCCACACGCCAUAACAGCCUUAUACACAUCUGAGUUGAAACCCUAUGUUGUAUUUGUGAAGCCUCCGUCAAUAGAGAGCUUGAGAUUGAGUCGAAGAAAAGCAAAAGUUUUGUCAAGUCAGAAUGAGCAAACACCUACAAAAAUAUUUACGGAGGAGGACUUUCAGGAUAUGAUUACCAGUGCCCAAGCCAUGGAGAAUAAAUAUGGCCACUUGUUUGAGAAAGUGAUUAUCAAUGAUGACCUUGCCAUGGCAUUCAUUGAGCUGAGAGACGAGCUCACAAAGAUAGAAACAGACACUCACUGGAUCCCAAAUACAUGGGCUCAUGUCUGAAAAAGCAAUUCAUGUUCACUGAACCACUUAGACACAUGAUAACUUUUGACUAUGUUUUGGAGAUUUUCUGCAUAUAAAAAAGGCACACCAUAUUAUUGUAAUUAUACGCUUAUAAGUAGUGUGUGCUGGCCAGUCAUGAAUCAACUGCAUUCAUAACCGCCAAACUCAUGACACUGCACUGAAGUUUAAAUAGUUUUGUUUAUGUUGAGAAACAAGUAAUUGUAAAGAAUUUUUAUCUGACCCUAAUUCCUACAUAAUGAUAUACAUUAUGCUGUAUUACUAGAUUAUUUCUAUACACAUAUUGCUUUGUGCACUGUUGUGGCUCAUGUUUUCACAUUAAUCGCUUACAGAUGUGAAUUUCCAUUGAAAAGAUGUGUUCUCAGUCUGGUUUAAGCGAGGUGGAGCACUACAGUUUCUUUCUUUUCUUUUUUUAAAUUUUUUUUUUUUUUUUCAAAAAUUGUGACUACAAGAUUGAACUCUAGAUUAGAUCUCUGAAACACAUCCAGGUAGCUCUAUGUAAACAGUUCCAAUCAAAGUUUAAAUUUGUUCCUGACAU